AUGCUCUUCAAACUUGUCACCUGGGUGCUGUUGGCCAUAUUGCUGGCGGUCGCCGCAAAAGUUUUGUGGUUCCUCGACCUGAACAAGCGCGUCUACAACCAUCGCCCAGGGAAAUGUCAGCUCGUCGAGGGACCAGUAAAUGGAGCCGAAGAUAUUGAAUAUCUCGAGUCGGAGGGCCUGGCGUUCAUCACCUCCGGCAUCUUCUACAUGGCGCCCAGGCCGGGCGUCGAGGGAAAGAUAUUCCUCUACGACUUCAACGACCCCGCCACCAAGUACAAGGCCACCGAGCUGAAGAUCAAGAAUAAACCGGCCAAAUUCCAAGCACACGGCAUCACGUCGUGGGUGGAGAAUGGCAAGGUUUUCCUGUACGUCGUCAACCAUCAUCAGCCCGAAUUUACGCAUUCUAUCGAGGUCUUCGAAUUCAACAAGGUCGACCGCAGCCUCACGCAUCUGAAGACGUUCAAACACGAGAACUUUAUCAGGGACAAAUUUGUAUUUACGAAUGAUGGCUCGGCGCAGACGGCCCGCAUGAACCUGAUCGAGAUGUUGCUUGGACUGAAAGCGGGCAGCAUCGGCUAUUUUGACGGGCAGGACGUGCACUGGUUGCUCGAACGGGACAGCUCACCCAACGGGCUUUGGGUGGACCUGAAGAAAAUGGUGCUGUUCGUCGCGUCGCCGAACAGCGAAUGCGUCAAGGUGUACAACUUGGCAAAGGACUUCAAAUCGAUUUCUUUCAUCUCACAAAUCGAUCUGCUCACCUCGCCCGACAACCUCUACAUGGACAAAACUGGCCAUCUUUGGACGGGCGCCCAUCCGGUGAUGAGUAAGCUGAGCGAACUGGAGUCGUGCAACCGGAAGCCCAGAGCUGGUAUCGAGAGAGCGCCAUCGCAGGUGCUGCGUAUCCAAUUCUCUGCCGAUUACAAGACGGCCGAGGUGACCGAACCAUACACCGAUGAUGGGCGACAACUUUGCUGCUCGGCCACCGCUGUACACGACGGCAAGGGCAAUCUUCUGAUUGGUUCCGUCGCCGCCGAGCUCGUCCAUUGUGAAUACACCGAACAUACAAUC